UUGAGGUGCAUAAAAACAAAUUUCGCAAUAAAAAACUUCAAAUCUAUCUGAACUGCGUCAGCUUUAAGUACAUCAAACAGAAAUAUCGAUCGGAUUCCAAGAAAAUUCGAAUGGAACAAAACCACCCCUAUGCUCCAGAGACUCAAAAUGCAAUCCAAAAACUYAUUAAAAGUGGCWRUUCAAAUGCCUCAGCUUGUCAAUCAGAUUUCKCUGACACCUGCAAUGAGCUCCUUCGCUUCAAUUUCUAUUCAGAACAAGGAMGGCUGRCCGUUAUUGACARUCUUUCUAAGCUGAAUGGCAAUUUUGUAGCCAAAAUUAUUCGCAAAGGUCUUUCCAGCCUCAUUAAGGYCUAYGAUGACCCAAAGACCUGCGAGGAUGAGUCCAUCAAACUCGUGCAGCUUUGUGUUACACAGUACGAGAAGCAGGGYAAUGAUUACACUUCRCCAAGCCCCGCCAUGAUGGUCGACUGUGCUUUCGAGCUUUCCAAUGAGCUUCUGAAAUCAAGAGAAGGAACUGAAUCGACAUCAACACAAAUAUUGCUGUCAACGUGCUUGAUUGAGUUGGUCAAAAUAUUUGAGACUAUUUUACAAAAUAGGCUCUUCUUUGACUUUAGUUUAGAAGGACCAAACUUAAGCCUGGCCUCAAAAGAUGCUUGUCAGUUUCUUUUAGGAGUGUUAAAACGAAAAAUCGUAGAUGAAUCAUUUGAAGACGUUCUUCACCAGACAGCCAAAAUUGCAUCAAGAGAUGCCAAUUUGAAUUAUUUGAAUGCGAAAAGUUCCGAUGGCCAAAUAUCCGCGAGAUUGAUGACGGCAUGGGUAAAGCUAUUAGAAUUUCCUUUCAUUACAAGCUGGUGUGCUGUUUCUAUCGCCAAGAAGGAUUUCCUUCUAAAUGACGAAGAGUAUUCAGCAAGUCUUCAGUACAGUAGUGCAAGCACAUACUCGGAGUCCCUUCUUUGGAUGAUUUACUCGGGACUAAAUACACUGUGCUCAAACGACAGCAGUUAUGAAUUGCCCAGUGACAAGGAAAGGCUCCAGAUCUUUUUUGACCAUGCAGAAAUAAUGUUACGUCAUACCAAAGUUUCGUUCGAUCUUCUUCAAUCAAAUGUCUCCAACAGUUACAUCAAAGAAGUAUUUGAGAUAUUAGGGAUUCAAUUAAACAGAGAAUGGUURCCCCAAAUGACAGCCGAUCAAAGCAAGAAAUAUGGUGAAAUUAUGAAGAUGUGCGUGAUGUAUCGGAGAUCUGGCCUCAACAUUGAGACGUUGAAUGCUAUGAGAAUGAAGAUAGAGGAAGAUCAACACUCCGCAUCUGUUCAAAUCAGGAGUAGGCUGACAUUGAUUUUUGGUUGCAUUGUCAGUUGGCUGCUUAUUCUUCCUAAUCAAGAACCAGUCAUUGAAAUUCUCAGAUUCUGGAAGCAAAAUUUCAUUGACGAACAUUACGAUGCACUCUUUCUGCUUUGUGGACCUAUGGCUGUAGCAACGCAGUUGGACCAAGACGAGCCUCAACGUAACGCGGACAGGUUCGUGGAAUUUUUACACCAGUUUCCUAAACACCUCAUCCCAAGAACAAGUAUAUCUAAUUGGAUUGCACUAUUGGUAUCAUUGAUGAUGACAUUUCCUAAUUCAUGGAACAUCAAAGGAAAUUUUAUAAAGCAAUUUAUGGCUAAGUGCUCAGCGCCAGAAUGUUCCGACGGAGAAAGCCGAGAGAAAUUGAUGACGGUUAUAACCUUUAUCAUGGGAAAUCUUGCAAGAAAUCCUGUUACAGAAACUAUCAAGGCUGAAGUGUUGGAGCUCAUAUGGGAAUUGUACGAUAGUAUUCCUACGGCCCUUGAAUUUGAAUUAGCGUUGAAUGGAGCCGUCCACGUGAUACCAGUAACCCAAGCCGAUACAGCCAAAAGAUACCUUCUUGAUUUUGUUGAUGCUGUUGAAGGGAAGAGCGUAGAACGCGAAAACUACAUUAAUGCGUGCCGUGUCCUCAAUGUAAUUGCAAAUUCGCCCAUGGAUGAGAAAGAAAAAGUCUUACAGUUUUAUCUACAGCUUCUUAAGAAGACGUCAAAGGAAAAUAUGACUGAGGCUAUCUGCCGUUCCUUGGCAUUGAUGAGUUUACCAAUUAAUGCAGCAAAUGCAGUAAGACUACUGGAGCUCGUGGGAAAGAAAGAUCGAUGCUCCUGCUUCUUGAUUGAACAUUGCGCUAGCAAUUUAAAACACCACGGGAAUGACUUUAUCAAUGAUCUCAUUGCAUUCGUACUGAUUGUAGUAGAAAACACUUUACAAUCAGAUGAAGAUCGUAAAAAAUUUGCUGAAACAGCCAUUCGGUAUAUACCAAUGAUCAAUGAGGCAUCAUGUGAUGUUGACGUUUGUCAAAUUCUGCUAGCAUGCAUAGCUGGAUCAAUCGCCGUUAAAACCUUCGACGAACGUGGAAAUAAUAUUGCCUUAAGUCUUGUCUGUGUUUACCUGAAAAUCCGAAAGAAUGAAGCCCGGAUUAAACCAGUGGAUGUUCUCAACCUUUACANAAUCUGCAAGACUUUGAAAUUCUUUUAUUAA